AUGCUCCUCAGACGAGCCAGUCGUUUUUGGGUGCCACUUCGCGGAUUGGCUGCCCGCGGAGAAGCCCCCGCUCCCAUCUAUUUGGAUGUGCAGGCAACGUCGCCAAUGGUCACCACAGUGUUCGCCAGAAGAAAGACUUCCACGGUUUCAGGACCCUCGAGUUGUUGACGCCAUGCUUCCUUAUAUGAUGAACGAGUUCGGCAACCCGCAUUCGCGGACGCACGCCUACGGCUGGAAGGCCGAAGAAGCUGUCGAAACGGCUCGCAAACACGUUUCGAGCCUCAUCAACGUUUGAAUCGCCCCAUGUUCUCGCCUAGAAAUUAGUUAAGGCCGACCAUCGCGAAGUGAUUUUCACGUCCGGCGCCACCGAGUCGAACAACAUGGCAAUCAAGGGCGUCGCCAAGUUCCAGAAGCACUCUGGCAAAAAUCACAUCAUCACCCUGCAAACGGCAAGUUUCUUAUAGCCCAUUCCGCGCCAGCUUGUCACGAUUUUUGUUUCCUCCGAGCUUCAUUCGCGCGUGGGAUGUUUCUCUGCCUGCGUCUUUUGACCGUUAUAUUAAAGGCGCAGGUAGAGAAAAUAUCGCGCGCAUCGAAGGGAAUGGUUCUGUAGCUCAGGCGGAAAUGAAAAUCGUGACAAACUGGCGCGGAAUUUCGAAGUGUGUUUUCUGUGAUUCAUGCACGAGUUGAUAUUAGGAACUCCAGAGGGGUCCCUAUAGAGGCAACUUUCGAGCCGCUUGGAGGGUCCCUUCUAGAUACCACUUUAUAAACUCCUAGAGUCCACUAAAGCUUGCAAAAGAGGUCCCUGUAGGGUUUUAGUUAGCGGUCGCUAUGGGGGGGCAUGCUAGUCGAUAAUUGAUAAGAACUCUAAGCGAAGAAUCAUUUCCAUGGAAAAAAACUGAACGAAUAGGCGUUUUUAAAAUGAAAUUGAGAGACCCCUAUAAGGUCCACUUGAGCUACUAGGGCUAAGGAGUCAGACCCUAAACCUCUAUAGGGACCACUUUUUUGGCCCGUAUAGGGGAAAAAAACGGAUGAAUGGACAGGAAGAAAACUUUUUGAAGCUGAAAAAUCAACCAUUUUCUUUUCGAUUCAAAUCAAAAAUGAAUAAAGCAUAACUGCCACUCCUAUCUUGGAAAAAAGUUCAAAAAUGAAAAAGAAAUUCCAGGAACACAAGUGCGUUUUGGAUUCGUGUAGAUACUUGGAAAACGAGUCGUUCAAAGUGACCUACCUGCCCGUCAACAAAGACGGUAUCGUUGACCUCGAGGUACCUCAAAUUUAUAGUAUUAUUUCUUUUCAUUAUACCUUUCUCUGACCGUCUGGAGAUAUAAAGUUAUCAGUAAAAUAAGUUUAUAACGGAUUAAAAAUGUAGGAAAAAAAAGCUUACUCAGGCGUCGCCUUUUUGCGUACCAAGGUUAGAAAAAAAAAAACUGUGAAACUGAUUUUUAGAUUUCCUCUUUUGGUAGCUCCUAUGUCUUUGAUGAGUAAAGAGAUCACGAAUUUUCGGCCUUUCAUGUUCACCCUGCUUUUUUACCGCUGAAAAAAGGUUAAGGCUAUUUUUUAUAAUGAGGUUCUACUUCAGAACGGAAAAUCAGUUCUUAUUUUGUCGGAAAAACUUCAUAGUGCGAUCACAAAGAGCAGCAGGGUGACCAUCAUCCAUUUGAGCUCAUUAAGGAUUCGAGAGGGGACGUUUACUCCUUAAACUUUAGUAAAUGUGUUGAUAAAUAAAAAACUCGGUUUGAUUUAAUUCCAGCGAUAUUUUCAGCUUCUCGAGCGCUCGAUAACGCCCGAAACGAGUCUCGUCUCGGUUAUGUUCGUCAACAACGAAAUCGGCGUCAUCCAGCCUAUCAAAGAGAUUGGCAGGUCUUCUGCGUCUUUUUUCCUAGAAUUGAAACUUUUAGGCAAGAUUUGUCGUUCGAAAAAGGUAUACUUCCACACGGAUGCAGCUCAGGCGUUCGGCAAGGUCAAAAUUGACGUCAACGAUCUGAACAUUGAUCUUUUGUCCAUAUCCGGUCAUAAGAUCUAUGGCCCCAAAGGUUCUUUUAAUCAAUAUUUUCUAACUUUGAACAUUUUUUUCCUUUCUGAACAAUGAAUGGAAGAAACGAUAGUUUUAGUUAUUUGGUUUACUUUGCUCAAGUUUAUCUGCAAAUUUACUUGUUUGACCUUGAAGUAUCGAAGUUUAUCACUGUAAAAUUUUGCAAGCGACCAAAAAUCUUGAACCCGUGCUUGGUAGGGUGAACGCGCUGUACUAAAUCGGCUGAAAGUCUUAAGAUCCUAUAGCUGAUUCACGGCUGGCUUGAGCCAUCGAAAAUUGGGUCCUGACACGAUAAGAAAAGAGACAGUGUCUGGUUAAUGACGCAGACAGGUCACGCCUUUUGCGCCCCAAGCUAGCCGUGCUCAGGGGGAGAAAGGCAUGCCAGCGCGCACGCAUCAGUUUAGAGAGCAUGGUAAACUUGGAGAGACCAGGCUCUCACUCUCCUCGCUCUGCGCACUGUCUUUGCGCACGCCCAGUUUAAAAUUAAACGGCAGACCAGCGCGCAGGUCCUAGAUAGCGAGCAGAACGAGAAGAGUACGAUUCUGGUCUCUCCGAGUUCACCGUGUUCACUUAACUGAUGCAUGCGCGCUGGCCUUUCAGUUUCCUUUUUCAGAUGCGCGAUGGCAUUCCGUUUUCCCUUUGAGUGAAUCGACUAUAGUUAACCCGAUGUAGCACGUUGAACCGCAAAAAACAUAAUUUGGCCAGGUGUGGGAGCAUUGUACGUGCGACGACGACCGCGGGUGCGACUGGAGGCGCAGAUGAGCGGCGGCGGCCAGGAACGCGGUCUCCGUUCGGGCACCGGCGCGACUCCUCUCUGCGUAGGUCUUGGCGAGGCGAGCCGCAUUGCCAGACUCGAAAUGGGUAUGUGGCGACCGUCUUUCUCCCUCAUCUCCGUCUUCAGACAUGGAUAAGGCACACGUCGAGCGGCUCUCCAGAAUGCUCGUCGACGGCAUCAACGACAAACUGAAGAUGAUCAUCCGCAACGGCAGCGCCACCAGCUCGUAUCCCGGCUGCGUUAACCUCUCCUUCGCCUACGUGGAAGGUUAGAUCGUCGUUUGGCAUUGUUGAUUUUAACACGCUGUUUCUGUAACUCUCAAAAACAAAGGGUGGAAAAAAUUUCACUCUGAAAGUUGCUAAAAUUGGAUUGCCUAUCGAUUGAUAUAUCAUUUUGCCUAGUAAACCUGCUUACCGUAACCCAGCUACAGUAAGAGGGAAAAAAAAUUCUGAUUUUCCGAGUAAAGUCAGCUUUCUGGUCAGGAGAAUCGCUGUUGAUGGCUCUGAAGAGUGUGGCGCUGUCUUCUGGAAGCGCAUGCACAUCGGCCUCCCUGGAGCCUUCGUAUGUCCUCCGAGCCAUCGGCUCCGAAGAAGAUUUGGCUCAUUCAUCCAUUCGUUUUGGAAUUGGACGCUUUACUACCGAAAAAGAGGUUUUUUUGAGGGGGGUUCUGUGUACAAGGGCAGAAUUUCUGGGAAGCCAAAAAAAAUUUCAAGCUUUUAUUGUGAAUUAAAAAUUCAUCUCAAUGAAAAUACUUUGGGGAUAUUUUUUUUAAUUGUCAAAAGUAUGAGGAAUAACUAGGAAGAGUCUUAAAGUUAUUCUUCGAUCAGAUUAAGCGAAUUCUAGUCAUUUCUCUUUCGCAAAUCCCGGAACCAAAAUUCAAGGUACAACACACGAUUGACUUGUGCAUACGGGAGACUCAAAGACUCCGAGAACUGAGUCCUCUGUGGGAGAUGGUCGAGGAGGGCAUCGAUUUGAAGACCAUCCAAUGGACCCAGCACUGA